AUGUACCAACAACCAUCAAAUCAUUCAUAUUCGUCAACGGAUUCUUUGAGAUGGUCGUCAAAUAACCCUUUCCGCCAAGCAUCAAUCAGUCAAACCCAGCCACGCAAUAAUUUUGAUGAAUGGGUGGACAAGAAUAAACAGUUGUUAGAUUUGUCUAGUGACGAUGAAGAAGAUGAUGCCGGCGCGGUGGGAUUCCAUCAAAGUACUGAGAGUUUUGGUAGACCAAGUGCAUUUCCACCUACUCCUGUUCGUGCAGAUAGUGAUUCAAGUAUAAACUAUGCAAGAAUGUCCAAGAAUCCAUUUGCUUCAGCUUUGUCACAACUGGAAGAUAAACCACGAGCACAAACUUCAAAUAAACCAAGUCGUGCUCCACCGCGUCCACCAAAACCUUCACAGAAACAACCACCGCCACCAAGUUAUGAGGAGGCUGCUGGACCUGAAGCCGCAAAGAAAAGCUACCCUAGAGAGAAAGAAGGUAGAAGUGAUGAAUCUAGAGAACGAAGAAGAGAGAAUAGUAGAAGUGGUCACAGUAGAGAAAAUGGUCACAGUCGUAGUCAUGGCAGAGAACAAGGUCAUGGUCAUGAUAGGGAAAGAAGAAGCCACCGCAGUAAGAAGUCACCAAGCAAGAAAAAGAGUGACCCCGUCAAACCAAAGAACUUGGAUACAAUCGAUAAGUUGGAUGUUACUGGGUUUGUUGGAUUCCAUCAUGAUGGUCCCUUUGAUGCAUGUGCACCUCAUAGAAACGUAAAGAAGGAAAAGGCUCCGGUUAUGGCGUUCCCUAUUGAUGGGCCUAACAAUUCAAUAGCUGGAGGAACAAAUAUGACCAAAGACGAUCAAUUAAAUCUUGCCUUUGGAAAUUACCAUGACGAAGCUCCAGUUAUCAAGACCAAUAGAACACAAAAUGACCCAACAUCAAGUAUUUAUACCCCAAAACUAAAUCCUUCAGUGAUUAAUUUUGACUCCAAUACCAAUUCUACUCCAAUUCACGGGUCGACUACUGCUGGUUUAGGGUCUACCACGUUUUUGGAUGGCGCACCUGCGCCUAAAGGUGAUGAACUUUUGAAUCCAAAUGUUGGUGUGGGAAGGAAAAAGUCAAUAGUACAAAGAUUAAGAAAAAAUAGUGGAUCUGAGAGCACUUCAAGAAGAAGUUCUAAUGACGGAUUACAUCCUCCUUCUCCACCUUACCAAGAACCAAGAAGAGGAUCAUUAAAUACAUUAGAAUUAGAUAGUGGUGACAAUGAAUUGAAACCACCAGGUAACUCAUUUAUAAGGAGAGUAAGAAGUUUGAAAGUAAGAAAAUGA